AUGUCCACCAAACAGUCCCACCAAGUUCAUUUCCAUCGUCAAGCUAAUGUAAGACCAAUUGAGCCAAGGCAAUCUAGCUCCCAUGUGAAGCAGUCCAAAAAUCUGGAGGAGACACUAGUACAACUGCAUGAGUUGCAAGAGCCAACCCCUCCACAAAUUGUCUCAAGUGGAAGGGCAGAUAUGGCAGGGUCAAACAUGGAUAUUGUGGCCAAUUCAUGUGAAAGCUUGCUGGAUCAGUUCCUGCAGGAAAGGGAGCCAACUGCUCUGGCAGAGGGUGGAAUUGUGGCCAUAAUAGAUCCACAUGACAACUUGAUGAAUCAGUUCCUGAAUGAACAGGAACCAACUGCUCCCCCAGCAGAUGGUAUGAAUGUGGAUCUACUCAAGCAAUUGCUGAAUGCACAGAAACCAUCAGCACUGCCAGUCAUGCACAAGAAAUUAAACAAGAUGGAUGGGUCUUCAGCACCUGCACAAGAUGUUACUAUGCAGGAUAUGAGGGAACCAACACCUCCACCACUUGUUUCAAAUGUACCCAUCAAAUCUUUUGACUUGGCAGUGGAUGAGGACAAUGGCACAAACUGUUUGACUUUUGGCAUGCCUGAACAAUCAGAGAUGAGGGAUCUUUUCAAAGAAAUAUGCAACAGUGCACUUCCAUCCACACAGCAAUCUCUUCAAAUGGAACAAUGGGGAUUGGCACCUGUUCCAUGUUGUGAUCAAGUAUCUUGCUACUGCAGAGUCACCACUCCCAGUGACACACCAUUCAAUCCCACCCUCAGUAGGCACCUUGUGCAGGCUGCAAAUGCCAUUGCAAGAGAAUUGGGCACAGCUGCAAGGGACCACCAAUCACACCCAUCUUCCCAGUCUGUGGUAGAGAUGGGUAUCCUCUACUUGGCAUGCUGGAUUGAGGUGGCCUCUGUACAUCUGAAGCAGACUGCCAAUAUUGCAGGAUGGCUGACACAUUGGUUUGCGAAACCUAGCAAUGGACUUGCUGAUCCCAAUUCUGGCUUUGCAUUCCCUUGGUGGCUAUAUCAUUCUGAGGAAUACACAGUGGAUUCCCAAAGAUUGCAAGGCAAGGGAUUGUUUUCUGUGGCCUGGGAUUUUUUUAAGUUGAUGAUGGCCCAGGGCUUAUGGCCAUUGCCUGAGGUGCCAAUCACAGACUGUCUCAAUGGCCAUAUUGAGGAGCAGGUAAACUACUGCAUUGAAAAUAUUUGGAAAUAUGCCAAUGUUGUCAAUGGUCAGGGUUGA